GUGUUAUUGAAAUUUUAAAUGUAACUUAUUUUGUAUUGAUAAAAAUGAAAUUAAUCACAGUAAAUUGUAAUUAAAAAUAAAAUAAAAUUCGCGUCUAGUCCAACUCCUAGUUUUAAAAGAUGAGAAGAAUGGGACCAUAGUUUUUUCAUGUGCCGGCUAAAAGGACCAAUAGCAGAACGCAGAACCUUCUCGACGACUAAAUCUACCAAAAUAUCUUCCUCCCCUCAGUCUCUACCGUCCACAUGAACCCCAAGACCUUAUCUCUGAGAUAUUUUUAUUUUUUCCAAAACACAUUAUUAUUUUAUUUUUUUAUAAACAUUUAAAUUAUUAAGAAACUAUAUAAAUGCCCGUUUCUGCAGACUUCUUGAGUCACAACAUUUUAUGAAGCAGAGGGAAAUAAGCUGAGCUCUUUCUUUUAUUUCUUUUUAUUCUCCUCCCCUUAAAGUUGCCCCCCAAUAGAAACUGCUGCCAAGUUUCCAUGCAGCAUCUUUGUGUUUCUUUUAUUUUUGGUGAUUUCUGUACGUGGGUUUGUGUCUGUACUGUGUUUUAGCUUGGGUCAGUGUAAUUUGUCGACAAGAAAGAAGUUUGUUCUUGGGUGUGCCGGUUUUUUUGGAUUGUUUUCUGAUAGGAAUAAUGGCAAAUGGGGAAGAUAAAAGCAAAAGCAAAGACUUCUAUGAAGUUUUGGGGUUGAAUAAAGGAUGCACUACAUCAGAGCUCAAGAAUGCUUAUAAGAAUCUGGCACUGAGAUGGCACCCAGAUCGCUGUUCAGCUUCAGGGAAUUCAAAGUUUGUGGAAGAAGCCAAACAGAAUUUUCAGGCAAUACAACAAGCAUACUCUGUUCUCUCUGACUCCAACAAGAGGUUUCUGUACGAUGUAGGUGCUUAUGACAAUGAUGAAGACGAUAAUGGGAUGGGUGAUUUUUUUAGUGAAAUGGCAAGCAUGAUAAGCCAAACAAAGCCUAAUGAAAAUGGGAAAACUCUUGAGGAUUUACAAGACUUAUUUGAAGAAAUUUUUCAAGAGGAUAUUGGGUCAUUUGGAGGAAGCUGUCAAGCUGCUGCUAGCACUACUACUAUGUCUUCUUCUACCUCUUCUUCCUAUGCAUCUUACAGUGAAAGUUCCAGUUUCAAUUACACAAGUACUUCCUCAGUUAUGAACUUCGGGGAGUUCAAUGAUGUGGAGGAUUCUCUUGGCUUUGGGUCUCAUUUUCAGAAAUUCUGUUUAGGGACAGGUGGAACACCAACAAAAUUUCAAGAAGGGGAAGGGAGCAAGAGGAAGAGGAAUUCAAGGAGGAGCAGGAGGUAGAAGCAGAAAGAAACAUGGCAGGAAACAAAAUAUUCCUUCAUCUGGGCUUGAUGUGUCCUCUGAAGACCAUGGAAUUUCUACUUUAUGAAACCAGGUUGCACCACCACCACCAACCCACUCAUUCCCACGGCUGAUACAGAAACAAAACGGCUGCGAAGGAGAAGAUUAAUUAAGAAGGGGCAUUGCCUGGCAAAUACAAAUCCAUUGGCACUACCAACGAAUUAACACUGGAAACCAAGCAUGGUGGACAAGGGUCAUGGUGAAAAUUUUGCCAUUAAUUCCUGGCUGUCCUGUUUGAGCUUUGCUUGGUGGCAGUAUUUGCCCCUUGGCUCUUUUAGUGGUCCUCACUGUACGUUUGAUUGUCAUAAAAAUUUUCUUACUUGUACCCCUAGUUUCUUCAUCUUUGAACAAGUUUCAUAUAUAGUCUUAGUGAGAUUCUAGUUUCUUGUCAAUUAAAUACUAUGCAAAAUUUCUUGUUUAUUCA